AAUCAUUGCAAAAAAUAGCUUUUCGUUGCUAAAUGUUUUUUUACAACGAUUUUAUUUGUUGCGCGUUUGACCGUAGCUAAGGUUGAUGCCGGCCAAGACCUAAGCCAAAAAUGAUUUGAUAAACAAGACGCUUUAGAAGUUUGAAAUUGACCGAAAAAUGGUGUUUAGAACUGCAAUUAGGUUGAUGACGGCCAAGAAGCCAAAGCCAAAAAUGAAGCCAAUUGAGCUUAAAAUCCAACAACCGGAGCAAACUCAAACCAUUACUCGCGCCAUCUUCGACAUUCUCAAGGAUCAUGGACCUCUUACCAUUGCUCAAACAUGGGAAAAACUUCAGGGCGUUGGUCUGAAGGAAUUAACUAGUAAAAACCAGAUGAAAACAGUAUUGAGGUGGAUGCGAGAGAGACAGAAACUGAGACUGAUAUGUAACCAUGUUGGGUCUCAAAAGCAAUUUCUAUACACCACCUGGUUCACAAAGGCAAACAUCAUGCCUCCGAAAAAUGGAAGUAAUGCUUCAAAUGAGUAAAUAUGGGCAGAGAUUAAGGGUUUUUUUACAGUUGAAGAAACUCAAAUCAGCCUGUAUUUGGACGCCUACUUGCAACGACUAACAAGCGAGCUAUGAUUGCGUGCUUUACUGAUGUCAUCUGGCUAAUGUUUCACGGCCUUUAUUCAUGAAGUUUGUUCAAUCACGAGCUUCAUUCUUCCUUCUGAAAAUUUUUAAGUACGUGGGAGAUGUCCGUAAAAUCAUUUCCGCACUUAGAAUCCAUUUACAUUAUUUUGCAACCAUAUACAUAAGGUUGUCUCACUGAAAGACGAUCUCGGAGGAAAAUAAUGUGAUUAUACUAAUUUGCUAAUCUAGUGUCAAUCACGGACACUUUUUAGUAAUUAAUAUAAUAUUAGUAAUAUAGCUAUUAUUAUAUACAUAAGAUAUUCAAUAUUUUUUACUAUCCAUAUUAUUUGUCCAAUUUGGUAUUUGAUUAUACAU